GUUUGGUAAAGGUGCUCUUAGGGAGGGUGUCUGGGGAGACCCACUGCACAGAAAGGCCUUCUUGGGGAGGUAAAGCCAAAGGCCCAAGAUAUGAUCAUCAGCCUUCUGGGCUUGCAGAGCCAGCUGGGAAGAUGAGGGCACAGACUCAGGAGGAGGGUUCAGCAUGUUCUAGAGAGAAGAAAACUCCCAGUACUGCCUAACCGAGAAUGGUCUUCCAACGUUGAUGAGGGAGCAUCAUUUUUCAUCCCAAGGGUUGCAAACACCUGCAAGGGUGACUCACGAGAGGAGAGGAGCCAAGGCUUUUGUCAGAUGGGAUCACAUUGUUUCCACUCUCCCUGAAGUUUUGCAGGUUGGCUGGGCUGUGCUCCAGAUGCCUUCUUACCUGGGGAUGGAAGCAGAAAGAGAGAUCCUCCAUAGGAUAUGCUAUUCUCAUUGUGGAAGACAGGAGCACCAGAGGGCUAGGAGACUUUUGGUGUUGGAACUAGCAUGCUGUCACUUCAGCCCAAAGUCCAUGGUCCAAAAUAAUUCCCACUAGAGGAGAGAAGGAUGAAUAUUUGCUUGACAAUAAUACAAUUGCCACACUAAGCCAGGAACAUGUCAGGGCUGCAGGCAGCCCAUGAGGCUGAGCCAGUCCACGGGGACCUUGGGCCUUGAGACCACCCAAAGACCUGCAGCUUCCACAUUCACGUCAGCUCAGCAGGAGCCAAGAGAAACCCUGGUACGUGGCCCUACCUCCAAGGUGGAGAUAGAUACUGAAAAGCUGCCAGAUGCCUCCUGCUCUACCCUCCCUGGAGAUGGCAAGAUGUUCGGGGACAGUCCUAAGAACUUCAUCUUGCUUGGGAAGUUUGACUCUGCAAGAACACUCAGUAACAUCCAGAACACUACCAGGGACAUUUUUGACAUCCUCACUGGUGAAAAAUAUGUGGAUCACCCCCUAUGUGAAGACUGUACUGACAAACUUUUAGAGGUGCUGGAUACUCAACUCAUUAUUGUAGACUCUGAGAACGAGCACUACAAAUAUUGGAGGGGGAGAAUAUGUGAGGAGGAGAUGAAGACACUGCAGGAGGAACUGGAGGGCCUGGAGCUGGAGGAGGCAAGGCUGGUCCAAGAGCUGAAGGAGGUGGAGAAUAAACAAGAAAGAGUUGCAGAGGAUCUUGAGGCAGCCCAGGCAGAGACUGAGAUGCUGGAACAACAGGACAAGCAGUACUGGAAGGACUACAGCAACUUGAAAUGGCAGCAACUGGAACUGCAGGAUGAGCUGAAGAGCAUGGAAAGGCAGCUGAGACAUGCCCAAAUCCAGUGGGGCAGGCUGAAGAAGACCAGUGUCUUCAGUGCCACCUUUGAGAUCAGGUAUGAUGGCCCUGUGGGCAUCAUCAAUAGCUUCAGAUUGGGCUGCCUCCCCACUGUCCCUGUGAGCUGGAAGGAGAUUAACAUGGCUUGGGGACAGACAGCUUUGUUGCUCCUUGCCCUAUCCAACAAGAUUGGGCUGGAGUUUCGGAGGUAUCAACUCAUUCCCUGUGGAAACCGGUCCUAUUUGAAGUCUUUAACAAAUGACCCUGUUGAGCUGCCAUUGUUCUGCAUCAUGAGGCAGAGCACUUGCUUGGACCUCAAGUUUGACCAGGCAAUGAUGGCUUUUUUGGACUGCAUGCAACAGUUUAAGGAAGAGGCUGAGAAAGGAAAGUGGGGUCUUUGCCUACCCUGCAGGAUUCAUGUGAAGAAUGGCCUAAUGGAGGACUCUGGAAGCACUGGUGAGUUCUAUUCCAUCAGAACAUACUUGAACACAGAGGAGCAGUGGACAAAGGCACUCAAGCUCAUGCUUAUAAAUCUUAAGUGUAGUCUCACUUGGGUUUCUUUAAGAUAUCAAGAAUGACUUCUAUGAGGGAGAGGGGAGAUUUUUUUUUACUUUAAAAUAUUUUAUUUGUGAAAAUACCAGAAGUUGUAAAAUUGAGGGAUAUAACGUGUUAUAACUCUAAAAAUGAGUGGUGACUCCAGCAUUAAUUGCUGAGAGCAAACCAAAAGCCAUUACUAUCUUCCCCUGCAUAUUUUUGUCCUCUCUUCCUUGUACUUUCCUGUUCCCUUAUUCCCCACCUGAACAAACAUCCAAAAUGUCAACAAAGACUGAAUUACUAGAUGAUCAGAUUAAUAGUACAGAAAAAAGAUCAAGAGAUGCAGAGAAGAGCACUAGGGUGGGGCCAAGGGAAGAGGUGGUAAGGAGAAAGCUAGAGUCUUCAUAAAAGUAUUUGGGCCACUAAUAUAUGUAGUAGGACUUUUGCGGGGAAUAUUCAAAUAUAUUUAUAAGUUUUUGUUGCCAUAUAUUGUGUAAACCCUUUGCAGGGAAUAUUCAAAUAUAUUUAUAAGUUUUUGCUGCCAUAUAUUGUGUAAACCCCUCCUUCAUCCCUGAAAAGCUUUCAAUAAAUUUCUAUAUGUU